AUGGAUCAACAGAAUCAGUCCGGGGUCCCCGGACCUGCUGGACGAAAGCUUCAUAUUGCCCAUAGACGGAGCCCAUCUGAGCUUACCCCUCUCAUGAUGGAACAACUGGCGAUCCAGCAGCAAAUUGAGUUGCUUCAACAGCAACAACAGCAAAUUGCAGCUACACACCAGCAGUAUAUCAAUAUGGGUUUAUUGCAACCGCAGCAAAUCGGCCAGGCUUCUGGUUUCACGCCGUCUCUACAAGGUGGCGGUGCGCCCAUCGGCGGCGUUUCUCCACAACAACUCGGUGCCUUUCAGUUUCCUCAGGUUGGCCAGCAGCAGCAGCUAGGCGUUCCGGGGAACACUUCGAAUCAGCAUUCGCAUCGCCGUAAUCAAUCGGCUCUCCCAGGCUUCGGAAUGGGCGGUCCUCCCCCAGCUCCAUCUUCUGGAGCUUCGGGUUAUUCGGACUACAGCCAACAGCAACAGGGUAACUUCCAAAGGAACGAGAACGGGGCUCAUGGCCGUGGCCGUGGGGGCCCUUCGGGCGGUGGUCACCAGCGACGUCAUUCCCUUGCUCUCCCUGAAGCGAAGAAGGCUGCGGAGCUCGCUCAGCAAAAGCGGGCGGCAUCUGGGUUCCAAUUCCCUGCCCCCACCGGUGACUCGUCUGAGGCCGCACCCGCAUCCGACGACAAACCAAGCACCCCGAAUCCAACACAGUCGUCUCAAGGAUUGGGUCUUCAGCGUGCCGGCAACAUCAGAGCCAGUGCUCAUGGCCGCAGUCAGUCAAUGGCUGUGGGUGGUAACCGCGGCUCUUUGUCUGGUCGUGGUCCUGGUGGUUUUCAAUUCCCUGCGAAUGAUGGUUCCUCUGGCCCUGAGAACCAACGCCGAGGCAGCCAAGCGUCCCACGCCCGAACCCCAUCUAGGAACUUUGACGGCAACUGGCGCCAGCCCAACAACCAAUCUCAAGGCCAGGACCAAUCUAAAGGUCUCGGACAGCAGAACUCAGGAUUUCAGCCCGGACACCGUGCACGUGCGUCUAUGAACCAGUCAAUCGGCUCUAUCGGUUCCUUCCAAUACCCUGGCCAGCCUCAGCUCAUUCAAUUGCCCCAAGGCCAGGUGGUUAUGGCUCCCCCACAAAUGUUUGGUGGAGCCCAGCAGCUGAACCCCUUGCAACUCGCUCAGCUUCAAGCCCUGCAGCAGAGUGGGCAACUAAACGGUCAAGGUCUAGGUGGCCUCCAAGCUAGUCAGCACGCCCCCCAGCCGCUGUCUGCCCAGCAAACCCAACAGCAGCAGCAGCAGCAGCGGAAGACUCUGUUCACUCCCUAUCUUCCCCAGGCCAAUCUUCCCGCGCUUUUGUCUAACGGUCAACUCGUCUCUGGUGUCCUGAGAGUGAACAAGAAGAAUCGUUCUGAUGCGUAUGUUACGACUCCAGACUUAGAUGCCGACAUCUUCAUCUGCGGUAGCAAGGAUCGAAACCGUGCUCUUGAGGGUGAUUUCGUGGCCGUCGAACUACUUGACGUUGACGAAGUCUGGUCCCAGAAGAAAGAGAAAGAAGAGAAGAAGAAACGCAAGGAUAUCACGGACGCGAGGUCCGCUAGUAAUGCUGGAACAGACAAGAUGUCCCGCUCAGACUCUACUGGGGACCGUCAAGAGGUGGGACCUGACGGUAGCAUUCGUCGGCGUGGCAGUCUCCGACAGCGUCCAACCCAGAAGAAGAAUGACGAUGUCGAGGUCGAGGGUCAGAGCCUGCUUCUGGUCGAAGAAGAUGAGAUUAGUGAUGAACAGAAGCCCCUAUACGCUGGUCAUGUCGUCGCCGUUAUCGAACGUAUUGCUGGCCAGAUGUUCUCCGGCACACUUGGUCUACUCCGCCCUAGCAGUCAAGCAACGAAAGAAAAGCAGGAAGCCGAGAGACUUGCGAGAGAUGGUGCCCAUGGUCGUCAUCAAGACCGGCAACAAGAUAAGCCGAAGAUCGUUUGGUUCAAACCUACCGACAAGCGUGUGCCUUUGAUUGCUAUCCCCACAGAGCAAGCCCCGCGCGAUUUCGUCGAGAAGCAUCAAGACUACGCUAAUCGUAUUUUCGUCGCUUGCAUCAAGAGAUGGCCCAUCACGUCGCUGCAUCCCUUCGGUACUCUGGUUGAACAACUGGGCGAAAUGGGUGAUCUAAAGGUGGAAACUGAGGCUCUCCUCCGCGACAACAACUUUGGCUCCGACGAGUUUACUGAUGCCGUGCUGAAGAGCAUUGGCUGGGAGAACUGGUCAAUUUCAAGUGAAGGUGAUUUGUCUUCCCGUCGGGACUUCCGCCAGGAAACUACAUUCACUAUUGAACCGACCGGGACCAGCGAACUCGACAACGCCUACCAUUUCAAAGCUCUGCCCGAUGGAAAGGCGGAGAUCGGCAUCCACGUCACUGACAUCGCUCAUUUUGUGAAACCCAAUUCGCUGGUUGAUCGAGAGGCCAAGAAACGCGGCACUGCCGUUUAUCUUGUUGAUCGUCUAGUGAAAAUGCUGCCUCCGCGUAUCGCGACUGAACUAUGCGCUUUGCUCCCAGGUGAGGAGCGCUUGACAGUCAGUGUCGUUUUCAAGGCCAACCCAGAAACGGGGGCCAUUGACGACGAUAUUUGGAUCGGCAAGAGUAUUAUCAAGAGCAGCGGCAAGCUAGGAUUCGAUGAGGUUGAGUCUGUAAUUAAGGGAACGUCGGAUGUUCCAUUGUCUGGAGUCUCGGUGGAUAUCAUCCGUGGUUUACAGCGCACCGCCUCGAAAUUCCGUGAAGCGAGACUCGGAAAUCGUGUUUCUCAGAUCCCUCCUCUCCGUCUUCUUCAUUCUCUCGAUGACGAGAACGUGCCGGUGGAAAGCAACAUCUUUGGCUCUUCGGCUGUCCGUGAACUCGUGGAAGAAUUAAGCUGCAAAGCGAACUUCCUCGUUGCCCGCAAGUUGGUUGCAGCUCUGCCUGACAAAGCUUUCCUUCGCCGCCAGCAAUCACCAAACCCCCGUCGCCUCCACUCAUUUGUCGAUCGCAUGAACAGACUCGGGUUUGGGUUUGACGAAUCUAGCAGCGGAAGCUUGCAGAGUAGUCUCUGCAAGGUUAAGGACGAUGAUUUGCGCAAGGGAAUGGAAACAAUCUUCGUGAAAUCCAUGCAGCGUGCGAAGUACUAUGUGGCAGGCACUGUACAGGAUGAAAUGCGCCCUCACUAUACUCUCAACUUGCCUGUGUAUACUCACUUCACUAACCCUCUCCGCCGCUAUGCUGAUGUUAUUGUCCACCGCCAACUGGAAGCCGUUCUGUCUGAUGGUGCUAUCGAGUUCUCAGACGACGUCGAAUCCCUCAGCAAGACCGCUGAUAUUUGCAACAAUAAGAAGGAUUCAGCGCACAACGCCCAGGAGCAGAGCGUUCAUAUCGAAGCCUGUCGCAAUAUGGACAAACUACGCCAAGAGAUUGGUGGUGACCUCAUUAGCGAGGGUAUUGUGCUUUGCGUCUACGAGUCCGCGUUCGAUGUUCUCAUUCCAGAAUACGGCUUCGAGAAACGUGUUCACUGCGACCAGCUUCCACUGAAGAAAGCGGAGUAUCGAAAGGAAACUCGUGUCUUAGAACUAUACUGGGAGAAGGGCGUGCCUUCGUCGGCCUAUAUUCCCGAGGAUGAACGCCCCAAGCCCGCCAAUUCGCGUGCUGCCCAGGCAGCCGCAGCCGCAAGGGAAGCCGAAGCUGCUCGUGAACGUGCCAGAGAAAGGGAGGAAGCUCUGAGGAGGCAGACUGAGACCGGAACGAUGUCCGCUGAUGAUGUGGAUGCCUUGUUUGAUGAUGACGACGAUGUCUCCGAGGUCACGGAAAUGGCUGCUGGUGUGUCGUUGAACUCUGCCGACCGCUCAACUCAGAGCAUGCCACCCUCUCCUACCCGCAAUGGCCAUAUGCCGCAAGCUCCGCAACGCACGCUUUCAGAUCCUAAGAUUGCAACGAAUACUGUUGAUGCACCUGAAACUAAGCUUACGAACAAGGAGAAGUAUCUCAGUCUCUUCAAGCUCCGCGAAGAAGGGGGAGAGUACAUUCAGGACGUGACAGAAAUGACACGCGUGCCUAUCAUUCUGAAGACUGACCUCAGCAAGAGCCCUCCUUGCCUUACUAUCCGCUCAGUCAACCCCUACGCACUGUAAAGGGUCUUUUAUAUCCUUACCCUCUCAUAAUCGACACGUUUUACAUCAAAGAAUAUUACAUGCUUCACCGACUUUGGGCCCAUCUGGUGAUGAUGCUGGCCGAAAAGCCAUUCGUGUGAUUGUUGGCUGUGGCUCUGACCGGCGUGUGUUAUUGUGUUAAUCUGUCUAGCGUAGUGUUUUGUCUUUUUUGCGUUAUAAUACUUGGUGCCUCUCAGGUCAAUCUGGUGGUCCAGUUGUCUUGAUAUAUUGACGCCUACAGAAAGGCUUAGUAGGAACUGAGUCUCCAUAUUACACGAGACACUUGUUGCAUAGGUUAGCUAUCUUUACCGAAUGGCGACAAAUAGUCCCUUUUAGG